AUGUUUGUCAUUUUUGUUUGUUCCCGAAUACAUCCGAGCAGUCAUUCCUCAUUUUACAUUUCCUCUUUCUUAUACUGCUUGCUAGACUAUGCUCAUUAUCCUGUAGCCGAUACAGAUAGUUCCAGUAAUUCCGGAGAUUUAUCGAAAGUACAAGUAGCUUUUCGUAAAAAUAGAAGAUCUCUCCAAACCUCUUCCUCGUCCAGUUUGGCCGACAGCCUUCGCUCCUCUAUAAUUAGGCAUACAAAGGCAGAGGAAGAGGUUCUCUCCCCGGACCUACACGUCAAUCCAUCUCUGCGAAACAGCAUCACGGGAAAAGUUCCAGAGUCAUCCAUACGAAACAGUAAUAUCGACAGCGCUUCUACAAUUAUUCGGCAAUAUCCUAUGGUUACCCUUUCCUGCUUUCCUUCAUCUCCAAAAGUUAUAAUUCGGGGGAAAGAUAAGCAGUCCUCGGACUUGGUAAGUUCACAUCACAAGGAAGAAAUCGAGCCCGCCUCUCCCAAUCUGAUUACUUCUGCACCCGAAACCCAACAAGAAGCAGAGCCGGAGAGCACAUUUAAUCCUGUUAUCAUUAUUAAAAACCUUCCUCCCUACGACUCCCUCCCCGCCGCGCUGCAGGAGCGCGUUCUUCUUCCCCCCAAGUCUCCGACGGCUCCCAAAUACACGCUGGUCCUCGAUCUUGACGAAACGCUGGUCCACUGCUCCAUGGAGCGCGAUCCCUCCGCAGAUUUGGCUUUUUCUAUUCGACAUGAGGGACAGCGUUUUACGAUCUACGCGAACGUGCGUCCAUUUUUGUUUUAUCUGCUGAAACGCGUGGCUCCCUACUACGAGAUUGUAAUCUACACGGCUUCUCAGAAGUGCUAUGCGGAUCGAUUGCUCGACAUCCUCGACUCGGAACAACAUCUCAUCACACACCGAUUGUAUCGCGAACAUUGUCUCAAUAUCGACGGAAAUUACAUCAAGGAUCUCAACGCACUGAAUCGAGAUCUGUCCAAAACUGUCAUCGUUGACAAUUACAUUAGUUGCUUUGGGUAUCAUUUGGAUAAUGGAAUUCCCAUUAUCAGCUGGUUUAGCGACAAGGCUGAUCACGAAGUAGCUCGUUUGCUUUGCGUUCGAUCUAGCUGUACAACCUAUCUACUGUGCUGCUGUCUUUUAUACGCCAUGAGGACAUUCGCCCCCAGAUCGAAAGUCUCUUCCACCUAA